AUGAGUAAAUAGAAGUAAACUGAUAAUAAAACUAAUGAAUAAUUUAUUAGUGAUUUGCGGUCUCUUUUUGAAGUCACUAGCAAUAGACAUAAAUAAGAUAAAGAUUUCUUAAAAAAAUUUACAUCCCUCAUUAAAAAAGAAAAACUUAAUGAAAAAAAAAAUGUCGUAAAUGAAUUGCUUAAUCUGUUUAAAUUGGCAUCCAAUUCUAAAACUCUCUAUUUCAAUACUAUUGUUGAUGCCCUCUUACUUUUAUAAACAAAAGACAUCAAUAUUAAUUUUGUUUUGGCUGAAGCAAUAAAAGGUUCAUGUUAAAUUGAUAAAAAAUCAAAAGAAAAUUAAGAUAAUGAAGAAAUCAAACUUUUUUGCUUUUAAAAAUUAGAAAUCUAACAUUCAGAAUCUUAAUUCAAUCUAACCAAAGUAUUAGUCUUUAUGGAAAGACUCUUAAAAAUUAUUUCCACUAAAACAAAAGAAGAAACUAAAAAAAUAUUUUUAUUUAUGACCUCUAUUUAAGAUAUCUUAAGUUAAUAAUUAUAACUAUAAAGCUUGAUUUGUAUACUCAUACUUAAGAUUGUAUUAACUUUCAAAAAAGAAUUAACGAUAUAAAAAUCUGAUAUGAAAGUCUUAUAUUAUUUAAUUGAUGAAUAAAGCAUUCAUUUAGUUUUCAAAAACAUUCUUACCAUUUCAAAAACAACAUGUAUUUAUUGCUUAAUUAUUUUAGAUGCUCAUAAAUAUUAUCAUUACAUUUUUAAAAGUUGCUUCACUUUAUUAUGUGAAAUUUGUAUCAAAAAUAAAAUGGCUGUCUACUUUUAAGCAUUUCUUUGUAGUCCAUUAAGUCAAGCUCCUCUAAAAAGUAUUUUUAACAUCAUUUAAGAAUUCAACUUUAAAUUCUUCUCCGACCUUAAAGAUUUGGUAAUAAUUUCAUAAGUAACAUAAGCCGUAUCUAUUCGAAAAACCUAGAUUCUUUAUAGAUUAUCUACCAACUAACUUUUUAUUAGGAUUGAUUAAUAGAAAUCCAGGUAAUUGGAUGAGUGUUUAAAAUUUCAUACAAAAUCACAUUCAAAUUGAUGAUAAAUAUUUAAAUUUCACUAUUGCCAAUUUAGCUUAAAGGUAAUCUAAAAUUGUAGAUCCAGGUUGCAUCUUUUAAUCAAUUAAACUGUAUAUUUUUAAAUCAAAAAUUUUAGGAAAAAAUAAAAUAUUUCAUAAAUUGAUUAAUUAUUAAUUGAAUCAAUCUAAUAACAAUAAGAUGUUGGAGAUUACAAUACAUAUAUUUAUUGUUAAUUGCAUUUAUUAGUAUAUUUAAAUUCUUAUGAUCUAACAAGCAAUUAUUUCAAUAAAACUUAAAUUUCUUGUGAUUCAAGAUUUUUCAAGAGAUUAUUCUUAUUGAAAUUAGAAGAUAAAAUGUAGUAAAUUAAUUAUUGAUUUUUAGCUAUAAAUAUUAAGAAAUUACAAAAUUAUAGAAACCAAGACAAGGGACUAAUUAAUACUUUACCUUUUAAAUCAAUAAAUAACUUAAGUAAUUGAAAUACCCAAUUGCUUAAAGUUAAAUAAAAUCUAUUUAUUCGGAUAUUAAAUAAAUGCUUAAUAUCAAUUAUCAUUUCUAAUUUCCUUUUAUUUCAAAAUUUUCCUCAUAUAUAAAAGUUCUUUUUAAAGAUUUAACCUAGCAAUUCUUAAAUAAUAAUUUAUUCCCAUUUGAUUAUCAAUAAUACUUUGGCUUAAGUAUGUAUUUCAUCUUAAUAUAGUUAUGAUAUUGAGUUCAUAUUCAAAAUAGGCUUUCUAAGCAUUUAUAUUUUCAAUUUUAAACUCCUUAUUAAUAAUGAAGAAGCCUCAUGUUGUAAAAUAGGAAUUAACAUAAUUUUAAUUAUCUGCUUUAGAAGAAGUAGGAGUGAUGUUUGAUGAUUUGAAAAUUGAAGAUUCAAUAUUUUAACAAAUGAUAAUUGCAUCAAUUAAUUUUUUUACUACUUUUGAUAUAAAAAAGAAUUCAAAAUUAAAUUAAUUAACUCAAAUUUUAGAGAGAUUAAAGAUUUACUUAAGAUUGAAUUGGAAAAGUGAAUAAGGUGUAUUAAAAUAAUACAAAUCCUUAAUGUUAAUGGCAUUAGAUAGAUUCUUAAUGAUGAAUGGAUUAGGGUAAUUAAAAAUAAUAAUUAGGGCAUAAUCUUUAUAAAGUAAUUAGAGUAAAUUUUUAAGAUUUUUUAACACUUAUUUAGUAAACAACAUAGAUUUCAUUGAAGUUUUGAUAAAAUUAACUCAACAUAUUAAGAUUUAAGAGGUGUCAAAAUAUUUAGAAUUUUUAGGAGAGUGUUAUUUGGGAAGUCUUACAAUUCAUAAAUAAAAUAGAAGUCUAAAAUUUGAAUUAUGUACCUAAGUAUAAAAAGAUCAUUAUAAUAGAUUUUGUAUCACCAUAGAUAAGAUGCAUUAAUUAAUUUGGAAUAAAAUAUAAAGGAUCCUAACAAACUUUAUGAAUUACUUUAUUUAUUUUAGAGAGAGAAAAGAUAACCAAAUUUAGAAUCAAAUGGAAAAUAUUAAUGUAGAAAGAAAUUAGUCUAUUUGUUCAUGAAAGAGUCUUAGUUUACAAAGGAAUAUUAUAAUUGUUUAUUGAAAUUAUUAAAAUGAA